AUGAAGCUCAACCCGGCUAAAUGCUCAUUCGGAGUCAGUUCUGGCAAGUUUCUCGGGUACAUCGCAACCCACCGGGGCAUUGAGGCCAACCCAGAGAAAAUCAUGGCCAUUCACUCGAUCCCUUCCCCGAAGAACGUCAAGGAGUUGGUCCUCCACAAACCAGAAGUCUCCGAACGCCUAGCCAAGUGGGCCGUGGAACUAGGGGAGCACGACAUAAUAUUUCGACUCGCCACGGCUAUAAAGUCACUGGUCCUAGCAGACUUCGUGGCCGAAUUCUCCUCUGCCUUGCUCCCAGCUCUGGAGCAAGAGGUACGCCUCCAAGGCGAGAUUAAGGAAGAAGGAGAAUGGAUCCUACACGUUGAUGGAUCCAGCAACGUCAGACGAACUGGAGUUGGGAUAGCGCUUACCUCGCCAACGGGGGAAUACAGCCUCAAGGGCCGUGAGAUGCAACUUUAA